AUGGCGAGCUCUUUCACACGCCUGAUCUCUGGCCGCAACACUGCUGUGCUGCUGGCCAGCUUGGGAGCAGGAACGAUGGCAACCAGCUUCCUGAUGAGCGAAAGCAACUCACUGUUUGCCGACACAAAGACGAAGCUCUAUCCUCCCAGGUAAGAGCGGAUAAACUUAAAACCACAGAGGCCAAAAACUAGAUCAUUGUCAUCCAGAGUUUCUGAGAUGUUUACCAGCUGUCAACUCCUAAGAAAUGAUCUUCAAGUAGAAACCAUGAGUCACAAAAGAGGAGGAGAGAAAGUCACAGUAUAGCAGAAAUAAGGGAGCAAAGUCUUUCCUGGGGGUCCUUUCUUCAGUUUCAGUCCACCUCCAAAAAGUGAGAAAAGUGUGUUUAAGUAAGACUUAAAGUCAAGUAAAUACCUGAAGAUGGACUGAAUAGGGUUCCUCAAAACAGCUGAAGAAAGGUACCUAAUGUUGGAUCCUCUGGGGGGCUUUCCAAACCUUAUUUUAGAGUACUGUGACAUGGACACCAACAGAUAGAAGACAUUAAAACCUACUUAAAACAAGGCAGUACACACUAAUCAACAAUAGGUAUUUAAAACUGGCUCAAGAGGGUACCUCAAAACAGAUUAAAAGAGUUCCUUUAGAGACCCUGAACAUUUUUAUAUCAGUCCCAAGUGGGUGGUCUAAUAAUUGAUGAAUAAUAAAAUAACUGCUUCUAAUGGUACCUUAAAACAGAUUUAAAGGGGUAUUGUUAAAGAUCCCUAAAGUUCCCCUGUUAUUAAAAACAUAUAUCUUUAAAAACAGCACUUAAAAAAGUCAGUGUUUUGGGUACUUUAAGCUGAGUUUUAGAGGGGACCUCCAGAUGUGGGCUAAAGGGUACCUGAACACAUCCGAGGUUACUACAAACAGGUCAUUUACCUGUAAAAUAAUCUUUAAAACACCAACAAAAGGGUACCUUGAAACUGUCUCUAAAGAGGACAUGUUAGCGGCUUUAAUGAAUCUUUAAAGUUGGAAAUUAUCAAUUUAAAAAUCACAUUUAACAUUUAAAAAUCACACAGAAGGCCACCUCAAAAUAGACCCUACAGAGAACCUUAAACUUGAUACUGACAGUGUCCUCCUUCGUACUGGGAACACGGUGUAUCUGGAUUUGACGCCAAGCUGAUGAGCAGCUGAAUCUGAUGACCUGGAGCAGGUUUUGGUUCUCGUACAGUGACUUUUUACUUUGUGUGGUUGUGAAUCGAGGAACAGAGAGUUUAUUUGAGGUGCUGUGGAUGGAUGACCUUGGUGAGUCAGUGUCCGGUCCAAUGUCUAUAAUUAUCUGCUUUAACAGAGGACCUGACCACGUGCUUCACAUCAUUCACACAUUUCAGGAGGAUGACUCACAGUUUUUUUUGUGGGUCUGCAGCAGACGGAACUCAACAAUGGUAUCAGUGGUAUCAGGAUAUAUAAUACAAGAUACUUUAUGAUGCAAGAGUACAAUCAAAAACAAGAUACAGUGUUAUUGUGAAGGGCAUUCGGUCUGGUCUUUUACUGAGUUGAUGGAAGGAAUCAUCCCAGAGCAGACUCAGGUUGUGAGAGAGCCUGAUUGGCCUGAUUGAGACCAAGUGUGAGGAGCUGAUGUAAACCCUCGAUUUCCAGGUCAUGGUUCUGACUCAGUGUCUCAUCUUCAGGGUUAGUGAGACGAUUCUCUGUGUCGUGGGAUUGGGCUGCAGACUCUUUGCCGCUCCAGCCUGUUUUUGUUUUAUAUUUCCGAGCCUCCCUGGUAGUUUUUGAUGUUUUUAUCUCUGAGAGUUUGGUUCGGGUCAGCAUCCAGACUUUGACUUUUUCCCUCCACCUUAUUCGUUUGAGAUUUCAGAAACAAAAUGAUACAAUAGGACACCAUACAAAAGGAUAUAUCAAGGUAUACAACAAUCAAAUGUGAUUGGAUACAUUAGAGGCGAUAUGACGGGGUUAUGAUACUGCAUGAUUCAGGUUUCAUGAUAUACGACAAUACGUUGAUACUAUAUGAGAUAAUACUAUGAUGUAUGAUACGAUACAACAAGGUAUGAUAGGAUACAAUGUGACAGGAUUCUAUACAUAUAGAUGUAAAAAGAUACAGUAUGAUAUGCUAUGUUAUGAUAUGAUAUACUAUGAUAUGAUAUGAUAUGUUGUGAUAUAUGAUGAAUGAUACAAAACAACCAGAUAUGAGAAAGAAUAUGAUGGGAUUAUAUCAGAUUGAUACAAAACAACAUGGUAUAUUGAUAUGAGAUAAUGCAAUAUGAGAUGAGAUAAUCUUAUGAUAUGAAAUGAUUUGAUAUGAUAUACUAUGACAGCUACAUUAUGGAUCUAUGACUUAAUACAAUAACACAAGGUAUGGUACAGUAUAUGAUAUGAUGUGACAUGAUAAAUGAUACAAAACAAUCAGAUAUGAGAAAGAAUAUGUGAUAUCAGAUUGAUACAAUACAACAUGAUAUAUUGAUAUGAGAUGAUGCAAUAUGAGAUAAGAUAAUCUAUGAUAUGAUAUGAUAUGAUAUGAUAUGAUAAAUGAUAAGAAACAAUCAGAUAUGAGACAUAAUAUGAUGUAAUGAUAUCAGAUUGAUACUAUACAACACGAUAUGAUGGAAGAGAUGAUGCGAUAUGAUAUAACAGUACAAUAUGAUAUAUGAUAUGAGAAUACAAUAAAGUAUGAUAUGACUUGAUAUCAUAAAUUGUAAUACGAUAUAAUAAUAUAAACAACUGUCUUAAUUUCCUUUGGGGGACAUUUUUUAAAAGGAUUAAUAAAGUUCUAUCUAAUCUAAUGUAAUUACAAGCUAUGAGUUGAAAUGAGAUGAGAUGAGAUGAGAUGAGAUGAUCGGUGUGAUAUGAUAUAAAUUAAACCUAUACAGCCCACUCUAUGUUCCUUUGUAAUGUACAUAUGUUCUGGACUGACAGGCUUAUCUGCCUCUACAGUAAUUCCAAUAUCCAGUGUAAAACAGCCAGACUGCACAAGAUCUGAAUGAAACAGAAAACAGCAUUGAUGAGAGAAUAAAAAGGAUUUCAGACACUGUAAGCCUCUUUUUCACACUGAAUACUAAAUCACAUUCUUCAGCCUCUCCCACUGUCUGUUCAGAGACUUGAUUUCACCAUUUAUAUGUCUCAUUUGAAAGUCCUUAGACAUUUCUAGACGUGCUCUGAUAGUGGAUAAGUAACCGUUCAUCUAUCUGGAUAACGGAUAAAUCAAAGUCCAAGUUACGAUAUAUAGUAUUACUAUAAUCACAUUUUAAUGAUCAGCGGGAUUAUGUGUAUGAAGUUGUAAACAUCUGAGAGUGUGAAAGUGCACUGAAGGUCAGAUGAGGAACUGAGGCUCCGCUCUGAGUAUCAGUGAGACUCUCAGGUUUCAUCUGUGUCACCUUUGACUCACUCUCUCUCACCCAGACCCUCCUGUGGUCCACCAUCCCUCUUUAAGAGAGGCAGUCUCUGUGGACAAGUCUGGAUAUGUGACGGAAAUGAGCUUUUACACACAAUCAGAGGAUCGUACCUUCUGAAUUUAACGUGUUCUCUGGAUUUUAGGUGGAAAUUUCAAGUUAUUUAACCUUUCAGGGCAGUUUUUAUAUUUUAUCAUUUAAAUACCCCAAACUAGGUCCUGAGACUGCAGACUGAUAUGUUUGCACUAUUGAUGGAUCAGACAGAAUUAAAUGCAAAUACUUAUCGCACCCUGACGUGUUUGCAGGAAGCAGUGCUGCCCCCAGGUGGCCAAAAAAUGAAACAUGCAGCUUUAAGUGAGAAAAAAAAAAAACUUUGGGCCUGAAAUGACCCCAAAGUUGAAACUUUCUUUUUCUUAGUGUUUACUUUUACCAAAGCAGGACACAUUUUAUGCUCAUCAGAUAAACUUUGAAUGUAAAACACAUUAAAGUAUAUUUCUUUUUUUAUCAAACUCUGAAAAAUAUGUGUUCACUUAAAAGAUUUUUAAUGUGGGAAUUACAGUUUCACUAAACAUGAUUAUUUAUGUAGACAGGGCUGUGCUGAUGAAUUUAUUUGUGUAUUUACUUUUAAUUAGUAUAAUACCAUUUUUUUUAUUGUAUACAUUGUAUUUAUAUAGUCAUUUUUUUUGUACGGAUAUGCAUAUAUAUAUAUAUAUAUGUAUUUUUUUUCUCUCUUGCUCUUUUCUUCCUAUGUUAAUUUAUUUCACUACCAGAGGCCACAUCAACUAUCAACUCGUGGCACUUUGGGUGUAAUUUAUUCAUGUAUGCACUUAUUUACCUUUUUAACAAUUUUUUUCCUUUCUCUUUAUUCUGCUUUGUCCUGAAUUUAAGUGUUUGUGUUGGUAUGUACAGUGGCCGAGAACCGCCACUGCUACAAAUGAAAAAAGAAUGCAAAAAAAAAAAAAAAAAAGCCACAACAGAAGUUAACGACACAAAAAAGUGGCAAUGCAAAAUAAAAAGUGACUUACUGCGAAAAUAAAAGGGUGUAAAAAAAAAACAAACAAAAAAAAACAAACACAAAUUCGAUCUCAAAUUCCAUUGUGGCCUUUUUUCUUUUUUUUAAUCUGCACUGUUUCUUUUUUUAUUUGCAGUGGGCUUCGGUUUCUUUCUUUUUUUUUGCAUCGGUAUCACUGUGGCUUCUUUUUUUGCAUUAUUUUUUAUUUGCAGCAUUAGCGGUUCUCAGUCACUGUAAAUAUGAUUUAUGUUUGACCACAUUUAAAUAAAACUAAAUAUUAUGUAAAAAAAAAAAAAAAAAAAAAAAAUGAAAAAUCUGGUGUUGUCUAAAGAUUUUUUUUAGCUUAAGAAACAAAGAAGAAAGUAUUUUUUUUAUCAACGUAUAAAAAAACAAACAAACUCUUUGGUUUAAAGAUAAAAAAUCUGUCCUGCAGCUCUGAUUUCCCUGAUCUGAGGAAACACAACAACUGCAUGGCGUCGGCUCUGUCCCCGGCCGUUUACGCCAAACUGAGGGACAAACUCACCCCCAACAACUGGACCCUGGACCAGUGCAUCCAGACUGGUGUGGACAACCCUGGACACCCAUUUAUCAAGACUGUGGGCUGUGUGGCUGGAGAUGAGGAGAGCUACGAGGUAAGAAGGUCAAAGGUCAGGGUGUAAUCUGCUGGAAGAGUCUGUUUGGGUUUAACCUAGCCUUGAUCUCCACCCUCCACAGGUGUUUGCUGAUCUCUUUGACCCCGUCAUCAAAGACAGGCACAACGGCUACGACCCCAAAACCAUGACCCACCCCACUGACCUGGACUCAUCUAAGGUGUUACACCUGCACUGCCCUAAAAUUGCGAGAUCCCUCCACCUAUCAGCUGAUCUGAAACAUGUAAAACCAUUUCCUAUCUGUCUCCCUCGUCCAGAUCACUAACGGUAUUUUCGAUGAUAAGUACGUCCUGUCGUCUCGUGUCCGUACCGGACGCAGUAUCCGCGGUCUGAGCCUCCCCCCGGCCUGCUCCAGAGCUGAGCGUCGGGAGGUGGAGCGGGUAGUGGUGACAGCUCUGGCCGGCCUGCAGGGGGACCUGGCUGGACGUUACUACAGCUUGGGAGACAUGACGGAUAAGGAGCAGCAGCAGCUCAUCGAUGUGAGUCAAACCAUGAGAACAAACAUCAGCUGAUUAGUUCCCUCUCAGUCCUCCAUCAUGUUACCAAGGUUUUUCUUUUAUAGUUUAGCUGACCUCUGACCUCUGUUUGAUUAUCACAUGCUGCUCCACUCAAGGAUCACUUCCUGUUUGAUAAGCCUGUGUCUCCGUUACUCACCUCGGCCUUCAUGGCCCGAGACUGGCCUGACUCUAGAGGGAUCUGGUAAGGCUAGUACAGUUUAGUGACACCCCAACUUUAAAGGGAUAUUCCGGCAUAAAACUAAUUUAGGGUCAAACACACCGUAACACCAAGUUAGACACCAGAGAUGAAUGUUGCCGACCGCUUGCUUCUCUAGUUAUACCAACUUUAGUAACGACCGCAGGAUAGCAAUACACAGCGGUCUGAGGAGCCAUAAACAAACCUCAACCAAAACGCCACUCUAUAGCCACAAAUAAUGCUCAGAACAGCACCUAACUUCAUCAACAGCACAUAUAGGGUCCCAGCAAUAGUUCUAGUCACCAAACAUCUUUUUAACUUUGCCUAAUUUCUUGUGUGUUAUGAGACCUCGGGCCAGUCCAUUACGGACUACAGCGGGGUGACGCAGCUCAAGGAAGAACAUUUAUGAUCAUUUCUUUAUAGAAAUGCAAUCAGACCGAGACGCUAAGGCAGAAGAACUACCGCGUCUGCAGUGAUAAAUGAUUAAUAUGAUGAUUAUUACUUCAAGGAAAUGAUAAAAAAAUUAUGUUCUUCCUUAAGCUGUGUCACCCCGCUGUAGUCUCCUUAUCUCCUUGUCCUCCUGUCUCCUUGUCUCCCUGUCUCUCUGUCUCCUUAUCUCUUUUCCUACUUGUCUCCCUCUCUCUAUUUAUCUCCUUGUCUUCCUGUCUCUCUGUCUCCCUGUCUCCUUAUCUCCUUGUCUUCCUGUCUCUCUGUCUCCUUAUCUCCUUGUAUCCUUAUCUCUUUUCCUCCUUGUCUCCCUGUCUCCUUGUCUCUCUGUCUCCUUGUCUCCCCAUCUCCUUGUCUCCUUGUCUCUCUGUCCCUUUGUCUCUCUGUCUCCUGAUCUCUUUGUCUCCUUAUACUUAAGUUGGUAUAACUAGAGAAGCAAUUUUUCUGUAACAUUCAUCUCUUGAGGGGGUGUCUAACUCGGUGUUAUGUUGUGUUUGACCCUAAAUUAAUUUUACACCAGAAUAUCCCUUUAAGGUGUUAGAUCUGCCAAGAAAACAGGAAAACAGAGUCUGGAUUUGUUCCCCCUGUCCUUCUCUAGAGCAGAUGCUCUGAGUUUACACACAUCCAGACAUGAUCAGAGUAAGAAAUCAAACACAUGGAUGCGUGUCUGCUCGGGGUUUUAUAUCCCUCUGAAGCUUUACGCUCGUGGUAAACAUCCUCCUUCCUCUUUAACAUCCCUCUUCCUUCCUUCUGCUUCACCCUCCUCUCCCUCCUUCAGGACCACUUCCUCUUUGACAAACCAGUCUCUCCGUUGUUGACAUGCGCCUUUAUGGCCCGAGACUGGCCAGACGCCAGGGGCAUAUGGUAGGGUCUGUUCAGCUCUCCUGCAUGUCUGCUGUGUGACCAUUAGACCCUGAAUACGACCUUCAGAUCCAGGCCAGAGAUUCAGGACUUCAACCUCUCAUAAAAGCUUCAACCUCCUCUGAAGUUUAGACUUGCUUUUGCAUGUUGGUGUGAAAACGGUGUCACUGGAGCUUUUGUCAUGUAAAAGAGGCGGAUUUAACACCCGACUAACAAUUUUAGAAAUGACAUCUUAAAUCUUACAGUCAGCUCUGAGGAGGAGGAGAAGGAGGUUUUACAAACAAGAUACAACCUUGUGUGCACCAUAUGAUUAUCUUUUGUGCACUGUAACAUUAUCUGGUAAAAAAAAAUUAUCUUGUGUGCAUAAGGCCAUGACUUGCAUGCAAAAAGUAAAAACAAGAUCCCUGUAUCCUACGCUAAAGACUUUAGAUGUGGUCAGAUAGCAGCUUUAGUAACUUUCAGACACACAAGCAUAAAUUGUGCAAUUUGUGCACAAGAUUAUGACUUUUGCAUACAAGAUAUUAGCUUUAGGCACAGCAUAACUGAAAAACGGUCAACAGAAAAUGAUCAGAGCUCACCAAAAAAACAUUGUCUGACUACACCGGUGAGAUUUAAAUAACCCGCCAAACAUCCCAAAACCACACCUCUUAGUGAUGAUCCCCGGAAGUGACGUACCUAUUAGAAAUCAUACUUUCAACAAAUAUAUUUUGGCUCCUACACUAACUGUGCACACAAGAUAGUCACUUUUGGAAGCAAGGUAAAAACUUGUGUGCACACAAAGAUGUUGACUCUUGUACAAAGGAUGAUGAAUUGUGCAGACAAGAUCCUGAAGAUUGGCAGAACUGGUUAUAGGCAGAUCCAAACGUAUUGAGUUCACUGUGUUACAGAUACUUCUUGAUGCAGUUGUAAGGUGGACUUCUCUCUCUCGGUUAGGGGAUAGUCUUUGCCCCAAGUGAAAAAGUAUCACGAAUUCUUGGGGUGCAGGUGUUCCAAGUACCGGUUUGAUUCCCAGACAGUCUUGUGCAUCUACGUUUUAAUUCUACGAUCUGCAGGCAGAUUGAGAUCAAGCAGUUGGGCUAGGCUCAGAUCAGGUCCAGAACUUUGAUAUCUGAGGGAGGUAAAGCACCUGCUCUUUCGCACUGAGAGAAGUCAGUCGAGGUGGUUCAAGCAUUUGAUAAGAAUGGCUCCUGGAUGCCUCGCCUGUGGAAGUGUUUUAGUGGGGAGGAGGGAGGCCUUUGGGUUGGCCCAAAGUUCACUCGAGGAAGCUUUUGCGCACAAGAUAUGAACUUUAGGGAUGUGAUUUGAAACUGUGCACAGAAGUUAAAUUAUUUGGGCUCAAGGUCAUGACUUGUAAACUCGUGAUUAUUUUCGCGUACAAGAUUAUAAAGUCGUGCACGGACGGAAAUCUUGUGUAAGACAAAAACUUCUUUCCACAGAUCACAGAUUGUUUUGCAUGAGUGAGUUCCUUAUAUUCACAAAACUGUUCUCUGUUGUCAUGGAGAUAACUUCAGCACACUUACAGAGCUUCAUCAUUUGUUGUUGUAGUUGGUGACUGCAUCUCUUGAGAUCCCUCCUCUGACAAACUAACUCAUCUGGGUUUAGCAAGGACUGUGUUUGACCUGCAGAGCUCUUUAUUUAGUUCCUUUAGCUGGUUCUUUCUUCAGGCACAACAAUGAGAAGACUUUCCUGAUCUGGAUCAAUGAGGAGGACCACACCAGAGUCAUCUCCAUGGAGAAAGGAGGAAACAUGAAGAGAGUGUUUGAGAGGUUCUGCAGAGGACUCAAACAGGUACAGAAUUAAAGGGACGCAGAAAAUGUAAGCAAUUUUAGAUUUGAGAGGCAACGCAGUGACUGAUUGGUCAUGUGAUGUCUGACAUCAGGUGGAGCACCUGAUCCAGGAGAGAGGCUGGGAGUUCAUGUGGAAUGAGCAUCUGGGCUACAUCCUCACAUGUCCCUCCAACCUGGGCACCGGGCUGAGAGCAGGCGUGCACGUCCGCCUGCCCAACCUCAGCAAGGUACACAAGACGGAAAAUCUCGCUGUUGUGCUUUUAACACAAAAGUCUUAAGUUUUUGGGUUUAGGUGUUGUUGUAGUUACAAACUGUUAAAACGCCCCUGCAGGAUUCACGUUUCUCUAAAAUCCUGGACAACCUGCGGCUGCAGAAAAGAGGAACAGGAGGAGUGGACACAGCUGCUGUCGGAGACACCUUUGACAUCUCCAACAAUGAUCGUCUGGGAAAAUCUGAGGUCAGGAACUCUUUGCCUUUUCACUCUUGAUUUAGUAAAUGUCUUUAAACUGAGAUCUCGAGGAUGUGGCAGGAGUAACCUCUGAGCUUUUUUUUCAGGUGGAGCUGGUGCAGCUCCUGAUCGAUGGUGUCCACUACCUGAUCGAGUGUGAGAAGAGGCUGGAGAAGGGACAGGACAUCAAAGUCCCGGCUCCCAUCGCUCAGUUCAGGAAAUAA